AUGACGGUCCAACACUACCUAAGCGAUCUGAACCUCUCUUACAUUGACGAGAGUGAAGGACAAGACGCUUUCAACUACAUCUACAACGGCACAGUCAACAGCACAGGCGGUGACUCCCUAUACGAGGUGCCAGUGGGGAUUGUAGUCCUUCUUUCACUUUUCUACGGGUCUAUCUCCCUAGUAGCGGUGGUCGGCAAUGCGUUAGUCAUCUGGAUCGUGGCCACGUCUAGGAAAAUGCACUCUGUCACCAAUUACUUCAUAGCGAACCUUGCCUUGGCUGAUAUUAUUAUUGGUCUCUUCUCUAUUCCCUUCAAUUGUCUCCGCCAGUUUUUCCCGCCCCUCCAACAGCUAACUCUGUACAAGGGCCUGAUCCGCCCCUGUGUGGAGUACUCUUGUGUGAACGUGUCUGUCUUCACACUGACGGCCAUCGCGAUAGACAGGUACCGGGCCAUCGUCCACCCACUCACCGCCAGACCUACAAAGUUCCGUAGUAAGGUUGUGAUAGCCUUCAUCUGGAUCUUCUCCAUCACCCUAGCAAUGCCCAACGCCAUCGUGCUUAGGGUGACUGACGUACCCAACCCACACACUCAGGACACCGUGCCGCGUUGUGAAGUGCUCUGGGGGACCACCACGCCAGGGAACGCCGAGGGAUGCAGAGAUGCGCACCUGCUGAAGAAUAAGAAGAAGGUUAUCAAGAUGCUGCUAAUCGUGGUGGCGCUGUUCGGGAUCUGCUGGGCGCCUCUGCAAACCUACCACAUCUUGCAGGAAAUUUACCCUCAUAUCAACUUGUAA